AUGUUCCUGAAUAACAGUCUUGCCAUUUAUGCAUACUACAAGUACCUAUGUUGUAAUGAGAGACAUCGAAGGGAGAAGAUUUUUCGGCUGGAUGUAGAUUGUGUGUCUUCCGAAAUAGGUGCCAUAGAUUUGUAUUUCAAGAGAAUCAACAAGAAUUUUGUGAAUGGCGAUUUUUACGAGCGCUGCAGUAGGUUCCACAGGACGUACGAGAGUGCGCUGCGUGUGCUGAGGCUGCUUAGCGUGGUGCGCGGCAGCCGGGAGUACUUCCAGCGGGCGGUGGCCGUGUUAAAUGGCGCCAAGGGCGGGGCCGCGCCGGAGGACGUGGCGUGGGUCAGCAUGCGCGGUGUGGAAGGUGCGGAAGGCGUGGAAGUGGAAGGUGCGGAAGUGGAAGGUGUCGCUGCUGAGCUUAACCGGGAUGACCCUAACCGGGAUGACCUUAACCGCGAUAACCUUAACCGCGAUGACCCUAACCGCGAUAACCUUAACCGCGUAGAGGCGCGCCCCGGCGCGCUGCCCAGCGCCGAUGAGAAAAUCGAACUGUGGCAGCUGCUCCACCUGCACUUCGCCAACAGCAUCCCGGAUCUGGAGAACAUCUGCUUCGAGUAUGAAAAGGAAAAAAAAAUGAACGAGCAGCUGGAGAGACUCAAAGCAGCUCUAAAGAAAAACAAAAUCGACAUCACCCUCGUGAACAAAAAAGCAUACUUCGUUAAUAACGUGGAUGAACUGUUACAGAAUUUGAAGAGAAUCCUCGCAGAGUUAUUCGUCCUACAAAACGACUCCUUCAGUAGACACGUAUAUCCAGAGCUGUAUAAGCUCUCCACUCAGAUCAGAAAUUUCAGCAAUAUUUUAGUAGUCAUUAAGAAGAUACAGCCAUGCUAUCUUCAGCUAGCUAAACAUAAAAAUAGCGAGCUGAAGAAGGCUCUAAAAACGGACCAGCUAUCCUCUAUAGUAGAUGAAGAUUUUUUAGAUGUUUAUUUAAAUAUGAACGAGCUGAAAUGCCUGAACAGAUACGUACAUAAGUUAUUUCCUUAUGUGAAGAAAUUCAUUUUUCAAAAUGAUUCCAUCUGUGGGAUCAUAAGCUCUGAUAACGAACGGGUUCUAUUCAGGGAAGAAAUAAAAUAUAAGAAAACUGAGUUUUUGUUAAAUGAGAUUAACAACGAAAUUAAAAAUGCAGUGAUGAGGAACAUCCAUGGAUAUGCUGCUCGAAAGGAGUUCUUGGAUCAACUCAAGGAAAAUUCUUAUCUCUUUUUCUGGCAGAUGAAGAACUUACAGCAACUCUUCAUUCUGUUAAAUGUUUACUUUACGCACAUCUGGGAGGGAUUCGUUCACGAUGUGCAAAAGGGCAAAUAUGUCAUCUACCUGCUCAUGGAGAACCUGCGCCGGAUGAGCAGUGGAGCCCCCACGGGGAACUCCUCGUAUGGCUACCUACAGCAGGUGAAGCACGACCUAGACAAAGAAACCUAUCGUAUCCGAUUUUUUCAUCACAGUAUAAAAUACAAAUAUGAGCUUCUAGGGAAUGAGAAUUACGGAAUGGACAUUUUAUAUCACCAAAAAAGUUAUGGGUUCUUUUUUUACAAGUACAUUCAAAAUGGAUUCAUUUUAUUGCCAUCCAGCAGCAUCUACGGGAUCAGUCACUCAAAAAAUUUUUCCACUCUCUUAGGAUUUCACUAUAUCUUAAUUAACAACAAGGAGUUGCAAAAGUCGGAUUUGCUCAACUACAUAUCGUGUAGCUUGUGCUCCAAUGUGUCCGUUUUUCUUCACCAAGUAGAUGCGUACCGACCGGAGGUUCUAGCUGUCCUGAAUGAGCAGCUAGCCAAUAUUAGAAACCAUUUGGUUAAUAAAAUGAAGUCGAUAAAGAUCAACGGAAGUGAAUUCAACCUCAGCAAAAAGAGCCUAAUAUACAUAUCCCUGUCAAACGAAUCGCUUCCUUUUGGAGAGUACUACUCAGAAGGGCGUUCUGUAGACCCGGUGACCAGGCUCCAUUUUUCCCUUUCAGUACACGAGCCGGCUAAGCCGUUUUCAAUGACGGUCCUGCUCCUUGUCUUCCUCUCCUGCGGGCCCACCCGAGCUCGUGCCUUGGCCUCCGCGACGUAUGCGGCCUUCCAGUAUUUGAAGCAGCACGAAUCUCUGAAGGCGCACCUAGACGAAAGGACGCUACUCCGCACAGUAAAGAUGGCGAGGCGUGGGAAGAAUCAAUGCGAGGAGUACACCGUGGCGAAGGGAAUCAUCAAGCACGUGUGUUCUUUUGUACAGAGCUCCAAAUGGAGGGAGCUGGCAAAGGAUAUGUGUCUCCUGUUUAACAUCCCCAAGGAGUGGAGAGACCGGUUACUCAAGUGGGUAGAGAAAAAAGACGAAGCAGAUCAGCAAGAACUCUACGCAGUGGAAGAGAUUAGUCAAAAAAAAGGAUCCAAAGAAACCUCAUGGGAUCAACAAAUCAAUCACAUAGUAACCCAUUUGAUGAUGGAAAAAAAAAUGACCUUCAUGAAAUAUCAAGUACAGAAAGCUAUACAGCUGUAUAAAAUACUGAAUCAUUUUUGGUUUCGCCAAAGUGACGAAAUGAAGCGCGACGAGAGAGUCAUCACAAACGUUUUGCUGGUAGGGAAUAAGUUUGCUGGACGAAACACCAUCGUCUUUGUUCUGGCUAGUUUGAUUAAUCGUUUGGAGAUGGCAGAGCAGGGGUGUUAUAAUCACUGCACUGUGGAGAACAUAGACUUGAGUUACUGCGAGGAUGGGGAUUGCCUCAGGUUUGUGUUCGGUCGCCGUGGAAGAGGCACCUCUGUGGGGGCAGGGGCGAGGGCAGUCUCGGGGGCAGUCGCAGGGGAAGGAGCAGUCUCAGGGGCAGUCGCAGGAGGAACCCCCGUUAAUGCAAGGGACCACCCUAGUGAAGCACCUCUCGGGGUGAAGAACGCCCAGGUGUGCACCAACAAAAUGGGGAGAAAGACCAAAAGGAGAGGUGGCCCCACCGAUGAAGGAAGAAAUAGAAAGAAUGACCCAAAUGAGAGGAACUAUGCGAAUGAGGGUAACCAGCGGGGUGUAGAAGCUCUACCUCUGAUGAAGAAAAGGGUACAUAUCCGUGUGAUGAAGGUACGGGACGGUACCUUCGUCGAGAGGAUUAUGAGCCACACGAUGAAGAAGAGUCUGCUCAGUCAAAUGGAUAAAUCAGAAGAAGGUGAUUGCAAGCACCACUGUUAUGUAUUCACUCUAGAUCGAUUAACACAAGUGUCUCCGAAUCUAAUUGGGAAAUACCACCACGUGCAUGUAAGACACACCGUCCCCUUCCUCCCCUUCAUCACACAUGCCGUGGAGCAAAUAAAAACGUACAAAUCUGCCAAGAAGAAAAUCGUCAAGGUAUUUGAGGAUUUAUUUAUCGAAGCGUUGAACUUUUUUAGGAAGCACAGGAAGAGAGAGGGAGGUAAGAAAAUGGGGUUGGGUGGAAGGAGUGGACAGAAGAACGCUCCGUUUGAGAGAACCCCUGGAGAGGCGUUAGCCCCUUCCUCCCCGUUUCUUCCACAUGGGGGGGAUGUUCGCAGGGGGGGAGAGGAAUUCCAGGGAUCAGGAUCGAGUCAAGAUCGUGGUGGCAGUUGGCGUGGGCGUAACGAGGAAGGUCCCAAAUCGGUUGAAGAAGCAGGUGGGGUGGAGGAAGCAAAUGGAGUGGAGGAAGCAAAUGGAGUGGAGGAAGCAAAUGGAGUGGAGGAAGCAGAUGGAGUGGAGGAAGCAAAUAGAGUAGACGAAGCAAAUGGAGUAGAGGAAUCAAAUGGAGUAGAGGAAGAAUCUGAUGAGGAAGGCGAUGAAGACGUAGUGAAGAAAAACGGAGUGAUCCAUUUUCUUCACAAGGGAAGGGUCCAAGUGAAUGUCCACGUGAACACACUGAUUAGCCACUUUGUACAGUUCGUAGAUUACUUCAUAACAACACUUAAGGAGAAAAAGGGAACGGAAAAAAAAAUCCUAGAUAAUCAUCUAAGUAAUAUAAUUACCAUCAGCUUUGUCUACGCCCUUACGUCCUUCAUGGAUAAUAAAUUCAGAACCCAAUUUGAAGGGUUCAUAUUUAAGCACAUAAAUAAUAUAUCGAUAAUACCAAGGAACAGCUCCUUUGUUCAUCUAUACUACAAUACAGAAACGAAUAAAAUCAUGAGACAAGAAAAAAAUUUUUCAAAGGAAAAUAUUCACAUAAGUAAGGUUGAUCUAGUGGACAAUGCUUUAUUCAUUAAUGAUAGGUACUUCCUUUUUGAAGACCCCAAUAUUCUCUGUAUGAAAUAUAUGAUAAGAAUUUGUUCCUACUUACGUAUGCCGCUUGUUCUGAUGGGUGGAUCUAACUCAGCUAAAUCGAUGUGCAUUUAUAACCACUUGAAUUCGGCUGACCAGAAGAAGGCGAAUCUUCACAACAUCAGCUUCCGCUUCAACGCUCUCUUUCGGUACAGCCGAAUUGUAAAUAAAUUGCGGCGCUCGUUUGACCUCUCCAGCGGGUCUGUGCGGGACGACGUGACGAUAUUCAUCGAUGACGUUAACUGCCUGGGCGGGGGCUCCCGCCUCACCAUGGAGUUUCUCUACGCCCUCGCGGGGAGCAGCGUAAGGAGUGCAUGCCGCGCGGUCAUCACGGAUGCAUAG